CGAGCACCACCAACAGAUUGAGAUUUUAAACAAUAAAAAGAGCUCUUGUCGGAUCUCGGAGCUCAACACGACGCCCCCCGCCCCCCGCACCAGGGCCGAUUCUCCGUUUCUACCAGGCAGCUCGGCGCGGCGACACCAUGAAGGACCGAACGGCGGAACUGCGAAGCGCUAAGGACAGUGAUGACGAUGAGGAGGUGGUGCAGGUGGACCGGGACCACUUCAUGGACGAGUUCUUCGAACAGGUGGAGGAGAUCAGAGGCUGUAUAGAAAAGCUGUCGGAGGAUGUUGAGCAGGUAAAGAAGCAGCACAGCGCCAUCCUGGCCGCCCCGAACCCUGACGAAAAGACCAAACAGGAGCUGGAGGACCUCACAGCCGACAUCAAGAAGACCGCCAAUAAAGUGCGCUCAAAAUUAAAAGCAAUCGAGCAGAGCAUCGAGCAGGAGGAGGGUCUCAACAGAUCAUCAGCAGACCUCAGGAUCCGCAAGACACAGCACUCGACGCUGUCCCGUAAGUUUGUGGAGGUGAUGACUGAGUACAACACCACGCAGUCUAAGUACCGCGACCGCUGCAAGGACCGCAUCCAGAGACAGCUGGAGAUCACUGGGAGAACUACCACCAAUGAAGAACUAGAGGACAUGUUGGAGAGUGGCAAGCUGGCCAUCUUCACAGAUGAUAUCAAAAUGGACUCUCAGAUGACCAAGCAGGCUCUGAAUGAGAUCGAGACCCGGCACACCGAGAUCAUCAAGCUGGAAAACAGCAUCCGUGAGCUGCAUGACAUGUUCGUGGACAUGGCGAUGCUGGUGGAGAGCCAGGGAGAGAUGAUUGACAGAAUUGAGUACAACGUGGAGCACUCCGUCGACUACGUGGAGAGAGCCGUGUCCGACACCAAGAAGGCCGUGAAAUACCAGAGCCAAGCCCGCAAGAAGAAGAUCAUGAUCAUCAUCUGCUGCGUCAUCCUGGGCGUGGUCCUGGCCUCAACCAUUGGCGGCACGCUGGGCUUUUAA